CCGAAUCAGUAGGAGACAUCCAAUGAUACGAACGCUUAGAAUUCGAUUACCAGAUCUAUUUUUCGUCGCAGGUUAAUAACCGAUUAAGAAAUGGUUCAUUAACGUUGCGUGAAAUGUUUGCUGAACAAACGCUGAUGAAGAUGGGAACGAAUAGUUUCAGGACUCACUCUGAACAUUUCUGCAAGUUCUUGGAGCGUUGUACUGGAAUUUGCGUCCACAAUCUGUCGAAGAUCCUUGUUGUUCAUGAUUUUUGGUCUCGCUGAGCGCG